AUGGCCAGCGGGGGGCCGGACACGGCGGCGCUACUUGCGUGGUGCGUCCGGCACGGAAUCGCGGUGGAUGAGCGCUUGUCAAUCGAACAUGUGCCUCUGGAUGCACACGAAGACUCGGACCUCGAGUACCAGGCCGAGGGCGGCGCCAUCGCGGUCGUAGCCAACGCACCGAUUCCAGCGGGGGACACGGUGGUCUAUAUUCCCUGCGAUGCGGUCCUCUCGACCAAGACCAGUACACUAGCACAUUCGAGUGAGUUUCAAGAGGCACUGAGGCUGUGUGCAGACAAUGCGCUGCACCUCGCCUUGUGCUUGGCCUACGAACGGGGCUUGGAGGACAAGUCGGCGUUUGCGGGCUACGUGCAAAGUCUGCCACGCCGCGUCAACUUGCCCAUGUGCUGGGAUGCAUCGUACGAAGGAACAAGAUGGAUUCAAAGCACCGAGGCCGCACGCGACGCAUCGACCAGCAAGCCUGGCUACUCUUUGCGCCGCCUGCAUACCUACUGGGAGACACAUGGAAAGGGGGUCGUCCGCAAAACCCAACAGGCCCAGGUCGACUGGCCCUCCUAUGUGGAUGCUUUUACCUUGGUCUCGAGUCGUGCUUUUGUGAUUAAUGUGUACCACGGCCUGUGCAUGGUGCCCAUCGCAGACCUAUUCAAUCACACAGAUAUGCACAAUGUGCAAGUCGAGGCCGAGGAGCUCGUGUGCCUCCAGUGCGGCUAUCCCCACCAGGGCCCAUGCACGCAAGCGCUCAGCAAUACGAUCGACGUGCGCUGCAUCGAGGCGCUCUACGAAGGGGACGAAGCCAUCAAUACGUACGGCGAUCUAAGCAAUGCCGAGCUUUUGUGCCAGUACGGAUUCGUGUUGGAUAGCAAGACCCUGUACGACCGCUCGAGCUGGGGGCCCGCCAUGCCCGCCGAGCUCCGCGAGCUCGAAGAGGCCUUUUCUUCGUGCCUGGCUUACACACCUAAUGGUAACCACGCUCCUGGAUUGGACCACCUGCUGCUUUCGCUCGAGCCAGAAGCCGCCUCGGACGACGCGCUCUUUGCGCGGCUGCAGAGCCCGCGCGACUUUUCACGCCCUCUCUUUGUCGAUCCUACCGGGAGACCGAGCUAUGUACUGUGGCGCCUGUGCCUUGGCGCCGCCAUGGCCUGCGCCGCAGCGCCCAUUACCGACUGGCCGAUGCUGUUGAACCAGGUGCAGUCGUUCGGCGGCGCGAUGCAGGCCGCUCCUGACCACGCGGUACACCUGGCCGCCCAGUGCCUCGCACACCUCUGCACAUCCCGCAUGAAAAAUCUCUACGUGACGACCCACGACGACGAAGCCGGCGCCUUGCUCCAGGCGGACCGGGGGCCGCUGCGGAGCACGGUCCAGCUCGCGCUGCAAGAGUCUGACACCCUCCACCGCGCUCGCGCCUGGGCCCAGUCCACGUGA